AUGUCUACUGGAGGAUCGGGAGCUAGCACUAGUCAUUUGAAAAGACACGCUAGAGGUUGCAAUCAAAAGAAGUUGCAGACGGUUGCUGAAACAAGACAAGUCAUCAUUCCAUUUCAGCCAUCAAAGUCAAGUAACCCUUUUAUUAGUACAGGUGUUAGGUACUCUAAUGAAAAGAUGAGGGAAAUAAUUGCAAUUGCUAUCAUGGUUCACGAAUAUCCUUUUAGUGUUGUAGAGGAUGAUAUUCGGAUGUGGGGCUUUCAAUAUGCAAACCCAGAUUUUCAUAAAGUUACUCAUAAAACAGCAAGAAAUGAUUGUUUGGCAAUAUUUGGUAUGGAGAAGAAAAUUUUGAAGAAAUUUUUAGAAAGUGUGAGCAAAAUUAGUUUAACUACAGAUAUGUGGAAAUCUAGCCAUCAAGUAGUUGAAUAUAUGGUUAUCACAAGACAUUUUAUUGAUGCAGGAUGUAAUCUUCAAAAAAGAGUUUUGGGUUUUGUGAAAGUACCCCCUCCAAGGCGUGGUAUUGAUGUUGCUGAUGCUAUAUAUAAAUGUUUGAAAACUUGGGGGAUUGAAAAUAAAGUUUUUUCCGUAUCUGUUGAUAAUGCUUCUUACAAUGAUUCAUGCUUAAGACGUCUCAAAGAUAAUUUAUCUCUAAGUAGUAAGUUAAUCUUUGGUGGCUCUUUGUUUCAUGUUCGAUGUUGUGCACACAUAUUGAAUUUGUUAGUGCAAGACGUUCUUAGUAAAAUUAAGGAUACCAUUUUCAAUAUUUGUGAAAGUGUCAAAUAUGUUAACCACAAUGAUGCAAGACUAAAGGCCUUUUGUGAUGUGGUUGAGCAGAAACGCUUGAAAGAAAGGAAACUCGUCAUUGAUUAUCCAACAAGAUGGAAUUCAACUUUUAAUAUGUUGUCAACUGCUUUGAAAUUUAAGAUUGCUUUUGCAGCCUACAAAGAAAAAGAGCCUCAUUAUAAUCACACCCCUUCACUUGAAGAAUGGAACAAAGUUGAGAAAGUUUGUAAACUGUUAGAAGUAUUUAAUGGUGCAACUCAUGUGAUUUCAGGUAGUGAGUAUCAGACUGCAAAUUUGUAUUUAGCAGAAGUUUGGAAGGUUAAACAAAUACUUGAUAAGACUGAUGAAGACGAAGAUCUUUUUAUGAAAGAAAUGGUGCAAUUUCAUAUGGUGUGUAUAUGUUUUCCCUUGAUAUAUAAAUCUAAAGAAGUUGUUGAUGAGAAUAUAAAGAAGGUGAGAAGUUCAUUGGAAGAACUAUAUGAUGAGUAUCUAGCUUUAUCUUUGGAAGAGUCUCUGUCUCCGAUUGUUAAUUUGGAUAGUAAUAAUUUAUCAUCCUCCCAAGAAAAUGCUGCCAUUAUCACUGGAUUUGACGAAAUUCUGAGCAUUUUGCGUGAAAAUGAAACUGUGCUUCUAGUAAAAUCAGAAUUACAAGAUUAUCUUGAUGAAGGUAUUUACGUUCUUAAGACUAAAUCUUUUUGUGCUUUGGACUGGUGGAGGAACAAUAGCAUGAAAUAUAAGAUUUUGUCUAAGAUGGCUGCUGAUGUACUAGUUAUUCCAAUCUCAAUUGUGGCAUCUGAGUCCACAUUUAGUGCAGGAGGUAGAGUUAUUGACGAAUUUCGAUUUAAAUUAAACGAAGAAUCUGUUGAAGCUCUAAUUUGUGGCAGAGAUUGGUUUUGUCAUAAGUAUAAUGUGAAGAAAAAAUCAAAGGUUGAUAAACAAGCGAUACAAAUCACCUUGAAGGUUUGA